AUGGCUACCCAAAAGGACACGAUUGAGAUUGGAAUUAUUGGUGCAGGUGGCAUGGGCCGCUUCUACGCCAACAAACUGUCCCAGGCAGGAUGGAAAAAUAUUAAUAUUUGUGAUUUACCAUCGAAAUACGAAUCCCUCAAGGAAGAUUUUAAAGACACUAAAAUCAACGUCCUUCCCGAUGGAUUUCAUGUAUCUCGUCGGUGCGAUUGGAUUAUGUAUGCUGUCGAAGCAGAGUAUAUUGACAGUGUUGUAUCUACCUAUGGACCUGCUUCCAAAAUUGGUGCUGUAGUUGGUGGACAGACCUCUGUGAAGCAACCUGAGAUCGACGCACUUGUCAAGUACCUUCCUAGUGAUGUCCAUAUUGUGUCUUGUCACUCUAUGCAUGGUCCAGGUGUGGAUCCUAAGAACCAGCCUUUGGUUGUCAUCCGCCAGCGUGCUACAGAUGAAAAAUAUCAAUUGGUUCUCAAUAUUCUUGAAUGCUUUGAAUCAAAUAUUGUUCAUCUGAGCGCUGAAGAACACGACCGUAUUACUGCAGAUACACAGGCUGUCACCCAUGCAGCAUUCUUGACUAUGGGAAGUGCAUGGAGAGCAAAUCACCAAUUUCCUUGGUUGUUGCCUCGUUUGGUUGGCGGUAUUGAGAACGUCAAGGUCAAUGUGGCUUUGCGCAUUUACAGCAACAAAUGGCACGUUUAUGCUGGUCUGGCCAUUAUGAAUCCUACUGCUAAAAUUCAAAUUGCCCAGUACGCCAAGUCGGUUGCAGAUCUCUUCAAGUUGAUGAUCCAAGAAAAAGAGACCGAGUUCCGCGCCAGGAUCAAGGCUGCUGGAGAUCAUGUAUUUGGUGGACUCCAGAAAGAUCACGUACCUAUUCUCCUGUCUGACCAAAUUUUGGAUGAGUUCUCUUUGUCCAACAUUCCGUCUGAUGUUAGAAUCCCAAACUCUCAUCUGUCACUCUUGGCUAUGGUGGAUUGUUGGUACGCAUUGAAGCUUAACCCUUAUGACCAUAUGGUGUGCCAAACUCCCCUAUUCAGAUUGUGGAUGGGUAUUACCGAGUAUCUGUUCAGAAGUCCUAUGAUGUUGGAAGACACCAUUCAAGCCGCACUAUACCGUAAGGAGAUUCGCUCUGAUGAUAUGGAGUUCGUUACCUGCGCACGUGGAUGGGCAGAAUGUGUGGAUCUCGGUAGUAUGGAAGGCUACCAGAAGCGCUUUACUGCUACCGCUGACUUCUUUAGAGACCGGUUCUCAGAUAGUAACAUUGUCGGUAACAAGAUGAUUGCCAUGAUUUCAAAAAAUAUGCACAAGACAGGCGAAGAGAAGAAAUAA